AGUAGCUAUUCUGUUUGCCCACAUAGCCUCAAAGAAGUGUAAUCACUCUUUUGUCCCUUGUGAGUGAUGUCAUUACUUUGAAUGGUUAAUCUGUAAGAAUUGAUCCGGCUCAUAGACAACAAUUUAUUACUCUUUAGGGAGCUUGGUGAAAGCGGCUACAUGGUGAUGUUGACCCUUGAACGAUGAACAUGUAUCAAUAAACAAAAUUGAAUGUUUGUAGAUAACUUGGCACCAGUAUGGGUUGACAUUGAUCAAUCCCCUUUUUUCUUAUGGUGUUGGAGGUCUUGGCCGAUGGCUAUUCCAUUUAAACAUAUAACCCGAGGGGUAAAGGCACUUCUUAAUUAUACCACCCACCUACAGAAGCAAAUUUACCCUUUCGGUGUCCAAAUAAGUAUAAAAGACACCAACCAUAUACUAUGAAAAUAAUUGCCUCCUCCCCCCGGGGGUUAUAUGUUUUUUUCUGGAAUAGUCUUUAGAGUUAUAAUGAUAUGAUAAGUUGCUCUGAAUCUGUGAUAAUUACUCCAUAAGUUAUAAUGAAAGUCAGUGCAUUUAUGGAAUAUCCCUUGGACAAUAUAAUUGGACAGAGAUUUUCUGGAGAAGAUUCUGUUUGAUUUUGAUUUUCUGUUUGAAUUUCUCUUUUUAUUAGUUGACUAUUCCACUGGAAGAUUGAACAGAGUGUCUAUUCUCUGGAAGGCGAUCCUUGAGGAGUGGCUAUCAUAUAGUUACUGGAUAAUCUAUAAUGGAUUUGUGACAGGUCAUCACAUUGGACUACCUAGUGGUUUACAUAUUAGUGAAUAGAUACAAGGAUGCGUUUCUCGUUGUCGCCCCAGGCUGGGGAUAGUGCGUUUGACCAAUGGAAGGAUGCUAUGAGAGCUGUUGCCAGGCUGCCCCUCGGAAUACCUGUAGAGUUCAGGAGGAAGGUAUGGCUGAGCCUAGCAGACCAGUACAUCUCUGAGCUGAAGAUUAACUGGGAUAGAACAGUGAAGUUUGCCUUCAACGAGAGGAGCAACCCGGAUGACAACACACUCGGCAUGCAGAUUGUCAAGGACUUACACAGGACGGGGUGCAGUGGUUUCAGCGGUGAAGACAACGAGGCUGAACGUGCAGUUCUCAAGCGUAUACUGCUUGCUUACGCACGCUGGAACAAGGCCGUCGGAUACUGUCAGGGCUUCAACGUCAUUGCUGCUCUGCUGCUGGACGUUAUGGACAGGAAGGAGGCUGAUGCGUUGAAGGUGAUGAUAUUCUUGAUAGACAAGGUAUUGCCAGAGGGCUACUUUGCCCACAACCUGCGUGCACUCUCCGUGGACAUGGCCGUAUUCAGGGACCUGCUCAAGAUCUUCCCAAAACUCUCCCGUCACCUUGACUACCUCCAGCACGCGCAGGACCAGUCUACCGGAGGAUGUUACGAGCCUCCGCUGACCAACGUGUUCACGAUGCAGUGGUUCCUGACGUUGUUUGCAACAUGCCUGCCCAAGUCGACUGUCCUGCGCGUUUGGGAUUGUGUGCUGCUGGACGGCUCUGAGAUUCUCCUUCGCACAGCCCUCGUUAUCUGGGGUAAACUCUCGAGUCGUAUCUUACAAGUGGGAUCAGCAGAUGAGUUUUACACACUGAUGGGAGACAUCACCCAGGAAAUGGUGGAGGGUAAUCUGCUCGAUGCCGACGCCAUGAUCAAGAGUGUGUACCUGAUUGCCCCUUUCCCACUUCAACAACUGACAGAGCUGAGGGAGAAGUACACCUACAACAUCCGACCUUUUACCCCGGCAACCAAGGCAAGGUCAACCACAGGUGCAGAGGGUGUGGUGUUGCCUAGCGACGAGGAUGACCUUGAUGAAGAGGACAUUGAAAAAAUAACCUGUUUCACUGGGUUUAUCCCAACUGGGGUGUCCAGCGGGGGGCGACAUAGAGGUUUGGAUGGUGACCAGCGUACCUCAAGCAUCCCAGACAUUUCCUCCCUGGGCCCAGGGGCGUACGGACCAUCAGACGGUUCUGCUAGUGUGCCUGCGUACAUGGAGCGUAUGAGCACUGACAUCAGCGCCCUCAAGAAGCAGUACUCCAAGCUUACACAGCGACAGAACCAGGCUCAUGUCAUACUGAACACAGCCACCGCGAGACAGCAGGCCACGCGUGCAAAACCCAUGAUGCCCAUGAUAGAGACACCCGUAGCCAUGAACCACCUGUUUGUGACAAAGCAAGACCGGAAAGGCCGCAACCGCUGUGUUGCCGCCGGACCCAGGAUUGCCAGUGUCUACCCUAAUCUUACACCACUAGCACUGAUCCCAGGGCUUGCCAAGAAAAAUGUACAGCCUGCCAAAUGGGCCCAGAAAUCUCCAAUCAGGCAAAAGAUUGACAGAGGGACGCCAUCGCCAACAGCUUCUGCAGCGGACACAGACACAGAUAAAGCUGGUAAAGAUGAGCUUGACAUUGAAAAAGUGUCUGCAGAUGUGAGCACUAACAAUCCCGAUGAAGAUGCAAUAAAAAAAAAAACUCAUGAAUCAGGAACAAAUGACACCAAAGAAUGUGAUUCAAAUGCUUCGGAAGAUAACACUGAUAAAGCUAAUGUCAAGGAUAUACCUAACCUUGAUGAAGAAAAUGUGAACAAUAACAGUGCUACAAAUGUUGAACCAAAUGAUACCAAAGGUGCUCAUAAUGAGGAGGAUGAAUCUCAUGAUGAAAUAAGUCUCACUACUGCUGUUGGAGUAAAUCUUGAUAUUAAAAGUGACUUUAAAGAGAUUGGUGAAUCAGACGUUGAGCUGGAUGAAAUAUCUAGAUACAAUUUUAAGGGAACAGCUAGUCCAUUCAGACACAGUGAUUCCGGGCUGGGAACUUCCAUUUACUCAUCUUCAUUAUCAGCCUCUUCAGCAGAGACUUCCCCCCAACAUGUGUGUGUGGAAAGGGGGAAGAGUGUGGAUCUAGAGGUUGAACUUAAAUCAGUGUCUGAAGAAACAUUAUCAUUUUGUGAGGAUAUCUCACAUAGCUGGGGUGCAGAUGCAAAGACUAUACCUGGAAAUUUAACAGAUGCUGAUGCAAGGAGUGAUAAUAUUGUGAAAAAUCUUUCAUCCCAUGGAGAAAAUGCUGAAUGUAAUAAUAAAGUGGUUGAUGGUGCUGAUGACAAUGUUGGUGCUUUUGAAAUAAGUGAGACAGAUGAAGUUGCAAUUGAAAACUUGAUGUUUGAUGAAACUGAUAUAAGCCUAGAUGGUUCCUUGGAGUUUAGUGAACAUUGUGCAAGUGACAAAGGUGAAAUCCAUGAGAGAACUGAUGAAGAACGUGCCAUGACAUAUGCUACCUUAAGAAAGGAUGACGAUGUAAAGUGUGAACAUUCACCUGCUGAUGUAAUAUCAGACAUUGCUGCCAAAUCAGAAUCUCUUUCUGAAAAUAGUGAUGUAAUUGUAAACCAGGAAAUAAGGGUAACUGCAGAUUCCAAUGGAGGAGAGAUUUGUUCAGUGUGUCCUGUAACCUUAAGUUCAGACUUAACAUUAGGAUCAACAAUAUUACAGAACCCAUAUUUAUCCACUCCUCCGGAUGACUCUCUGCGUAUACCUGAAGUGUUCAACCCAGCAAGCAAGGCGGACCUAACGUUCCAGCAGUAUUAUAUGACCAAAAGAUCCCUCGGACCAAGCAAUCUACACUCCAUCGAGCCACAGAUGAAAACAGUGAAAAUGCCAAAGAAAUCCUUCAAUCCCUUUCCAACUAAGCACGUGAACCAAAACAGGGCUAAGACUGGUUUAAAACUUGGACUGUAUAAACAAUCCACCUUGGAUCAGUUUGAACGCAAUCUUAAGGGACAGUCUAUUAUUGGAAAGUAGUUAAUGUUUAAUUUGGAUUCUGCUCUUUUGGUUGUCUGUUUAUUUACCUGUGAUAAUUGUUCUUGUUAAGUUAUCUGAGUUUAGGGCAACGGUCUCAAAAAUGUUAGGAAGGGUAGGGACAAAGGUUUUUUUCAGGGCAAGUGAAAACAGUCAUGCUUACCAUUAUAUUUCGAUACUUUGUGUAUCAAAUGGUUAUCACAAAUGGUCUUUACAGUCAACGACAACUGAAAAUCAGAAAAUCAGAUAUUUUUUUAUCUACGGUCGAAAAAUAGUUUACAUUAGAUCGGGUUGCUCUAAACACAGGUAUCUUUUUUAGGCUACUAUUUUGUUGAUAAUAUUAUUUUCUGUAUACUAUUUGGUUAAUUUGAUAGUCUUGCAUGCGUGUGUCAUGUCAAGUUACCCGACAUCGUUGUAAUCAUAUGCUAUAUAUGUCUCAUUUAUUUGAAUUUGAACCUGGGUAGUAGCUAUAAUAUAAUGGGUUAAAAUAAAUGGUUUGGGGGAACUAAUAAUAUUUACUUAUCAAGUGCAGAAUUAAUCCUGAAAUCUGCCAUGCGUUCAGUAAACCUGUUUGCGGCAAAAGUUUGCUGUUUGGUUCCCUGACUGCAUUGUAUGGCGGCGUUGCAACAGCAAAGCGUUUGCUAGCGUUUUGUAAGUGUUCGCCUUACUGAACGCACUGCAGGAUUGAGAGCAGUAAACUUACAGUAAGAUUCUACAGUUGUUAUGAACCAGUCAAUUGAACCACGCCCCCCCCCCCCCCCCCAGGUCCGGGGGUAUACCAGGGAUAGCCGGGGAAAUGGGCUGUGUAGGGCGGGGAUUUUAGCUGGGGUUUAGCUGGACCGAAAGUCAAAGUCCCCGCUAUUCCCCGUGCCUGUGGGGGCCGUGUUUACAAUUGACUGGUGCAUUAAGUUCUUGUUUUUUUGCUCUGACUUAUUGCAGCAAAAACAGUAGGAAAUACCUUGAAAUGAGUUCAACUUAACAUGGUGAUGUAUUUUAUUUUUAUACUCCAAAACAUUUUUUUCCUUAUUUAUAAUAGAAUAGAUGUAAACAUAGAAACAAACACAGCUACCCAUGUGUUUGUAGGUUUAGGAUUUCAAGCAAUAAAAUUGCUUAAAUCGCUAUGAAAAGUGUAAAAAAAAUCUCGUAAAGCCUAUGUCUUCUUUGAAAUUCCUAAUUUUCACAUUUUGUAACAAAAAACAGUAAAAUUAAGCAUACACCAGAAUGCACCAUUUUAGACUGAAAUUAGCCCGAAUUUACCCCACCAACCCCUCACACACACGCGCACGCACGCACGCACGCACACACACACACACAACAGUUGUAGGCCAAAGCUUUUUAUUGUUCUUUUUUAAGGAUUGGUAGCCCCCAAGUUGCACCCUCUCUGAAGUCUAAUCUUGACCUGCACAUGCAUGCAUUUUCAUAUAUUCUCCCCUUGUUUGUAUAUCUAAACCAUAUCAACAAAAUGGCUUUUCAUUCUUUUACCAGUGGCUUGGGAUUUGCUGUGAAAUUUUGUAUAAAUAUUUGAUUUAUGAGUUCACAGCCAAUGCCAAAGCACUGGUUUGUUAUAAUGGUUUCCUAGUUUUAGCUCUGAAAUUAGCCAUUUAUGGCCAUAAUUUGCUGGAAAGCCUGAAGGUAUUGUUUAGAAUUCUAGUUUUCUGAAACACAGUGCUUGUGUGAGUUAUUUUUGUUGGUUUACUUUGUUCAUAAAAAAAAUUAAUGGCAUUCCACACAAUUCUGCUUUUAUCAGGUAAACUUUUAUUUCCCAUUAUCUUAAAAUUGUUGUAUACUAAUAAGCCUAUCAGCUGACACAUCAUUUGCAUAAUAAUCUUUUUACAUUCAUCUCACUUGAAAUUAUAACUUCAGUUAUGUCUGUUGUUAUUUUUCAAAUAUUGUCCUUGUUAUUUAUUUAUUUUGCACUUUACUAUGACUACCGGUAUUGAAAUGCAGAUGAAUUUUUCUUUUCUAUUUGAAAAUGAAGUCCCCUUUAUUUUCCCAUAUACAUGUACAUGUUUACCCUCGGUCCCCAUGGUUCUGUUAAUUUAGUUAUUUGAAAUAAUAAGUCCCUUUUCUCAUUAUUUGCUUGGCAUAAUUUCUUAUUUCUUAUAUCUUUCAUUUCACUAUAUAAAUGUUUCAGACAUAUAUAGUAUUUUUACCUGUAAAUUUCUUUAAGCUUAAACAAAUGAAACUGUUAUUAACAGCUACUCAAUGAUACAUUUGCAUAUAACAGCUGAAAUUGCGGGGGAUCCAACCCCCCAACCCCCCGCCCCCACCCCUCCCCCACAUACACAUUUGGGCAUAUGGCAUGUAUGGCUGCUUAAAGGGCCACAACUCAAUAGAUUUUAAGUUCGACUGAUGACUAGAUGGACAGAUGGACAUAAGUAUUUAAGCAUUGAAUAUAGAAAAAUUAUAAUUCUCAAAGUUUGUCCUCAUUUGUCCACAAAUGUAAGGUUUGCAAUUUUUCUGAAUUUUUUUAAUUUUAUUUCGCUCAAGAUCUAAAACUAAAGGUCAAUAUCUUUUUAAUUAGUCUGCAAAUGUCACAUAAACUUGACCCCUGCUACUUCAAUGAUUUUGUUUAAAAAAAUUCUGGAAGUAAUUCUAGCCAGAUAUUAUAUUGUUAGUACUUUAAUAAUAGUUUAAUACUAUUCUGCAAGCCAAAUUACGCAAUUGCAUGAAUGAUUCAAAUCUUAUAACAUCUGUUACAGUAUAAAUUUUCCAGUAUUGACAGCGGAGACCUACGCAAUGUAACACAAACCAUGCAGUGUACGUCAUCUUGUUAAGAUGAGCUUAUCCUCCCUACCAUUCGAUCGUAUUGUAUAUAUAUAUAUAUCAUGCUUUAAUUCUAUGACUCAUUAUGAAUAUAUGAUGCUUAUUAAUACCAGGCACUUGUACAUUUUCAUUUAGUUCACCAGAGUGAUGAUGCUAUGCGUACCACACUAGAUUUAUAAUGAUCAAACUUUUGAUGAAUGAAAUUGGUACAACUAAAAUAGUAUGGGUUUAGCUAAAAAGUUAUUGAAAUGUUCUGUACCCUGUCCUUUUUUGCAAGCUCCCUAAUGGAGACCAACGAGGCCUUCAUAGAAUUAGAUACUUCAAACUGUCAAAUAUUUUUUUUCUUAUUAAAAUUUAUUAUAUGAAUAUAAAUACAUACAAACUUGACAUAUUUGGCUGUUUUAAAUCUAAUAUGAUUUCAAUUAAACACAAUACCUCACUUUUUUCAAAUUCAUACCGGGUAAUGUUCUAGUUCUUUGCAGCUUGAUACAAUAUGCCCUUUUUCUCCUAAGCCCCUUUUGUCCCUUUUCUGCAACAUCCUGUCAUUUUUAAAAUCAGGCUUAAACCCUUAAAAAUAUAUUUGAGCUAAAAAAUGGUCUGAGAAAGAAAGUUGUGUGUAAUUAUGCAAUCUGUUUGUUGAAUUAUAGAAUCAAAACAGAUCACAUUUUAUUAGAUGGUUAGUAUAUAUCCACCCUUUUCAUUUAGAUAUAUAGUCUUCUUGAAUAUCUCUAUAUAAUUUAUAAACAUAUAUAUUUCACUUGAUCAUUCACCUUAUAACCAGUCACUCAGUUCAAACUUGUUCAACCUUACCAUGUCAUUGGCAUAAGAAAUGCUGACUGUUGUUUUCGUUGUAUUCAUAUUUUCUUUCUACAUUUUUGUCAACUCAAUAUAUGUGCAAUUAACUUUUUCCCUUUGAUCUGCGUUUUUAUAUAGAGAUCUGAGAACAGCAUUUAUUUUAAGAUGUAUGCUUCUAUUGCAAAUGUUUUUGUUAUACAUAAUUGUGUUAUAUUUGUGUGAAUUUCUAUUGGUUGUUGACCCGGGAUACUGCAGACUGGUUUUGUUAUUGACCUUUACCUGCCCACUAAGUAGCAGCAGCUGCAGAUUGGUAGCAGAAUCAAUAAACAUGUGAAAAAUAUGUAUUGAAUUUGCUCUCAAAUUUCUAUUGACAGAACGUGAAAAAUGUCGAUUUCUGAGCCAUUACUGUCGGGAAAAGGCAUCAUUAGAGUUUGUGACUGUAUCUAAGGCAGCAGGUUUUGAAGUAGUUGCUGAGUUUGUCAUUGAACAACAUUGGCAAACACAUUCUAGCAUCUAUAUCUGCUAUGUUUUCUUUAAUAUUCAACAGAAAUGGUCAUGCCCUGGCGACUCCAUACUCAAUCCUGUAUGAAACUGAAUUAAUAUUUCAAAGAAUUUACAUGUUGGUUUGAACUUUGAGGAGAAUGGGCGAAUCAUGGGCUAAGUGCAAAACAAUGGCUGCUCAAUAUAGAAAUUGAAGGCUUUACAACAGUUCUGCGAUAAGCUUGAAAUGUUGAAAAUGUACAGUAUAAGCAUACUGAAUUUAUUUUACGAACUGAAUACCACAUGUAUUACAUUGGUAUUUAUAACAGAAGGCUUUACCGCAGUCCUGCAGUGGGUUGGAAAUGUUGAAUGUUGUUGUACAGUAUAAGCAUACUGAUUUUAUUUUACGAAUUAAAUUUUAUUGCAUGGGUAUUUAUUGUUUGUUAUAAUUGUUAAUGAUGUUUAACGAUGUUCACUUUUUUGUCAAAUAUUAAGAAUAUCAUUAUUAAUAUUUGUCCUUACUUCUAUUACAAAACAUCUGGAUAAUUAAUUAUUCAGAAAUUGAAAAAUUUAGAAAGUCUGAUUACUGACGCUGUUUAGUGUAACUGGUUAUAUAACUGUUCAAUAAAUGAA